UGACUCAGUAAAGUGAUGGCACCCCUGCCUUCCACAGACUACUGCCUUCAGUCAAAACAUUACAAAUGAAAGGUUAAUUAUCGAAUUUUCGUAGUUUUUAGGCAAAUUUCGGGAAUGUUUGCUCCUGCAGGUCCCGAAAUGAAUUAAACCACCCACUAUGGACAGGAUUAAGCACAAAAAAGCCAAAGACAUUGGCCGGGCCAGGUCAGCGCUGAGCGUUUCUGAUGUCGACUAUUACCUGAGCCUGCCAGUGAGUUGCCCCACUUCGCCCGCAGCCUCCACUCUAACGCUCACUCCUGGUAGGAUUCGGAACAUUGAGCUGGAUAUGGAACACUUGCGGGCGUCCCGACAGGACAACCCUUUUGUCCAGAGGGUGAUAGCCAGCAGGGAGAGUCUGCUAGACUCCAGUCUGGAGGAGGAGUCAGACAACGCCUCCUUAAUGUCCAAGGAGCUGUCGCUGGACUUGGAAGCGGAUCCGCUAUCGCUGCCUGAGGUUCAUGAGCACAUGAUUCGCAGCCCUCCUCCCACUCAUUGGCAGCGCUUUGCGUUUCCCUGUGGAAGAGAGGAGAGCGCCCAAGUGGAAGUCAGCCACCCCAAAGACAAAGCCAUGGACUUGAAGCCAAAGCACUCGAGCUGGAGCGACGGGAGCGAUAGCUCGCUCAAAUCCUUCAAAGCUCACUACUACCACGAUAGGUUCUCAUUACUGACCCCCAACUCCCUCAGGACGUCAGCCGAAGACAGCAUUCGCCUGAUGGGAGACGACUAAGACAUUCCAGUUAAGUUAAUUAGAGUAGACUAAUGUUAAUUAGCACUAUGUAAUGCAUGAACUGUCCUCUCAAGCUUGCCAUAUUACCUAUUUACCCAAAUAUUAAUCGAUAUGUAAGUAAAACGUGUUAAAGCAUUUAAGAAAUUUAUCCGGACCAAUUCUCGUUGGAACGCCGAUAUUGCGCAAGGAAGUGAUUCUAGUCAUCAGUUAACAUUUUCUAAGUUUACGAUAUUGUUACGGUUUAGUUUAGUUUAGGCGGCGCAGAUUUACUUAGGAUUUAACUUGUUAAGACUUGAUUAUGGAAAUGUUGGCAUGGAAUUGAAAAUAUAGAAUUUAUUGCUGAACGAACAACACAACGUUUGGUUCAAAACCCCCCAGUCUCACAUAAUUGAAAAUAUUUAUUAUUUUAAGUGCUGACAUGGAUGUUGUUAGGAGCUAGGAAGUACAAAAUACGUCUUACAAAUUACCUUACCGGAACUAAACAGGAUAUACAAUUGUCUGAAUCCAACGAUAAUCUUAAUAAACCGACUUUUACUCUUAA